AGCAUUUCCAGUCAGACAGCAACCCAGAGAAUCACAAGGUUGAUACAAUGGAAGAUCUUUAUGUUGCAAACACAAUUUUUGCCCUCAAUUUCUUCAAGCAUCUGGCAAAAGCAAACCCCACCCAGAACCUCUUCUUCUCUCCAUGGAGUAUCUCAUCCACCAUGGCCAUGGUCUACCUGGGUUCCAGGGGCAACACUGAAGACCAGAUGGCCAAGGUGCUUCAGUUUAAGCAAGUUGGAGGUCAUGAUGUCACCCCAGUGACCCCAGAGAACUUUGCUGGUUGUGAAUUCACGCAGCAGGUCCAGAAGGGUCCUUAUCCCAGUGCUAUUUUGCAGGCACAAGUUAGAGACACAAUCCAUUCCUCCUUCAACUCUCUGAGCUCUGCAAUCAACAAAUCCACAGGGGAUUAUGUAUUGGAAAGUGCCAACAAGCUGUUUGGAGAGAAGUCUGCGAGGUUCAAGGACGAAUACAUGAAACUUUCUAAGAAAUACUACUCCACAGAACCCCAGGCAGUAGACUUCCUGGAAUGUGCAGAAGAAGCCAGAAAAAAAAUUAAUUCCUGGGUCAACACUCAAACCAAAGGCAGAAUCCCGAAUCUGUUACCUGAAGGUUCUAUAGAUGGAGAGACCAGGAUGGUCCUGGUGAAUGCUGUCUACUUCAAAGGAAAGUGGAAAACUCCCUUUGAGAAGAAGCUGAAUGGGCUUUAUCCUUUCCGUGUGAACUUGACUGAGAGAAAACCUGUACAAAUGAUGUACUUGCGUGAAAAGCUGAACAUUGGAUACAUAGAAGACCUAAAGGCUCAGAUUCUUGAGCUCCCAUAUGCUGGAAAUGUCAGCAUGUUCCUGUUGCUUCCAGAUGAAUUUGCUGAUGCUAGCACUGGGUUGGAGUUGUUGGAAAGUGCAAUAACCUAUGACAAACUGCAAAAAUGGACCAGCAAAGACACAAUGGCUGAAGAUGAUGUUGAAGUAUAUCUCCCACAGUUCAAAUUAGAAAAGCGUUAUGAACUCAAAUCCAUUCUGAGAAACAUGGGCAUGGAGGAUGCCUUCAACAAGGGCCAGGCCAAUUUCCAAGGAAUGUCAGAAAAAGAUGAUUUGUUUCUCUCUGAAGUGUUCCAUCAAGCAACAGUGGAUGUUAAUGAGGAGGGCACUGAAGCCACUGCUGGCACUGGGGGCAUUAUGACAGGGAGAACUGGUCAUGGGGGCCCUCAGUUUGUGGCAGAUCAUCCUUUCCUUUUCCUGGUCAUGCACAAAGUAGCCAAGAGCAUCCUGUUUUGGGGCAGAUUCUCCUCACCCUGAAAUUGAAAGCUUCCAUUUCUACACAGUAUUUUGUAGCAUGAGCUAUAAGCCUCAGAAUUACUAUCUCAAAUGCCAAAAAUUUAGAGACUUUUUCUAUGUUUCUGUUUUUCUGAAAAAAUGUCAACAUACUAAAUAUAAAAGCAAAAAUAGACACCUGCCAACCAUAAUAUGAUUACUCUACUAAUCAUUUGCUCCCCUAAAUAAGAUGAUGUCCAUUUUAUUCUUUCUUACUCUUCCUUUAUUUUAUAGCAUUAACUUUUCUUUUGUUAUUUAUUAUUUUAUAUAAUAAUGGGUUUUUAAAAAUAUUAACUGUAUUUAAUGUAACUAAUAGUUACACAAGCAAGUGAUCAGUUAAUUUUCUCUAAAGAAAUACAUUUACUUGCUUUUGUAAUGAAUGAGUAUGUGUUUCUCCAUACCCUCUGUAAUAAAUAUCUUGAAGAAAGGCUUGAACAACAUGCAAAUACGUUAUGUCCAUUACUAGCAUUACAUAUUGUUUUUGUAACUCAUGUAAAAUCACAAAUAUACAAUAAAUGAAUAUGUUUCCAUACAACUGUUGAUCAUAAGACCUGUUAUACUUUGAUCCCCAGGAGUUUCACAUCAUAGACCAUUUGUGGCAACUCCCUUCCCAGAAAACAAGACAGAAUAAAGGAGCCAAGAGGACAACUACCCCUCUUACCAGAAGAUCCAGCGUUGAGGUUGAAGGGGAUGGGCUUGUGAGAAACACGGCUGGAGCUCUUUUUUCAAAAUAGUCAAAGACCUAGUAAUUCAGAACAGUUGAGGUCACAGUUCUUGGGAGAAACCAGUUUCUGAACUUCUAAAUUCAUUGGCCCAGACACAGAAACAAGGUUGUAGCCAUUGAUCUGAGAAUUCAGAGAAGCAAAGAUGGACUGGGUACAAGGACAGGAGGGGAAACGUAAGCUAGUUCCUCUUAAAGGUGUUUGUUUCAAAGCACCGAACGCUUUGGAAUGGAACAGAGUCAAAGAAGAACAUCAUUUCAGACCAGAGAAUUAUGGCAAAUC